AUGCCUCGUGAGCUCACUCGAGAAGAAUGCCGCGACGUCUUAACGGCUAUAUUAUUCAGUCCGAUUCAUCCAGAUUUUGAUACGUUGCUGAACCGUAUCAAUGAGAUUCUUGGAAAUCAUGCUUAUCUUCAGAAUAUUCGCGUUGUUCUUAACGGUGAUGCGGGCAUCACAUUGCAGAAUAGUCGGCGAUGGAUGCGAAAACCGGAAAUUUCAGCAGCGAACAGUAUUGUGGAACAUGUAGAAGGAGAAGAGCUAGCCAAUGUGCCCGAAUUUUCAGAAAUUAAGGAGGAGGAGGUGGUAGAUAAAAAAUCUCAGAUUGAUAUUCCCUCCAAAUCUGGAACAGUUGAAGACCGAAUUGAGAAGUUGUCCUUGAAGGAAAAGUAUUAUGUUUCGCAAGACUAUUUCAAAGAAGAAGACAUAAUAUUAUGCGAAAAGCGUGCUUUCGUGCCAAGAUCGCAAUUGAAGCUGAACUGGUUUGUGCCACAAAGAAUGGAAGAGUGGGGAAACUUUGGUGAAAUAGUUGUCUUCGAGCAAGACAGCGUUGUGGAGAAUAUAGUUCUUCAAAAGGAUAUCAAGAAGCUGGUAAACAAGGUUCUAGCGAGUUCGAGACCAUCGACAUCGGACGACACAAAACCGGUGAGUGAGAAUGAAAUUGCCGUUCAGCUACACGUUGAGCGAGAUAUUCGAAAUUCUGCAGCUUCCAACAUUUCCUUGUUGAAUGCUAUCAAAAAAGUGAACAUGGGCACCGUUCGAUUUGCUGUUGACGCGGCAAAUCAAAAAACAUUCAUGAUUUUUCACAAAUCAUCAUUGAUUCGAUUGGAAAAUAAUAUGGAAGAUUUGCAAGCUCCACAAACCAAGUUUCCCUACCCAGUUGAGGAGCGUUUUUGGUUGAAUUGCUUCGCCAAUUUGGAGCAAUUUGUUGAAUUCACCGUUACGAUCAAACAUCAUUUCCAUUUGGAAUUUGCUCUUCACGUAUUACACCAACAUUUCAAAGAUGUUAAAUUCAAAAGCCAAACGGGCGAGCAAGAUUUGGCGGCGCGCAAUCCAUUGAAAAUGGAUAGUAUUCUCAUUUCAACUCCACUGUCCCGACGAACAAAUUCAAAGUAUAUCGAACGAAUUUUGAAAAAUAAUAAUAUCGAUUUUUUGAAAAUUGAAGUGUCGAAGCCAAUUGCCCUAAUAGCAAAACAUGAUGCUAAAAAACUAGUCUAUAAUUGCAUAAGUCAAUGGAUCGACGAUGGGGUUAAUAAUGACAAAAAGCUCGAGGCGGUUGUGAGCAAAAUGACGCGUUGCGGAAAACUAGUAAAAAGGGGACAAGCGACACACAUUCACACCAUUGUGCACUUUCAAGGAGCAGAAAAUCCGGAAUGCUCAGAUGCGCUGAACGCUUUGCGUCAAAAUAUCCCAAUUUUAAAGAAGGAAAAUCAAUUGACGUUGCGUUUUUAUCCAACAUUCAUCAAGCAAAUGCAAGUUGGCUAUAAUAUUCGAUCAAUACUGAAAUACGAAGUUCAAAAAUUGGAAGAAGAUUUGAGAGCAACUAUGAAGACUAGAUGGGAAUAUCCAGAAACCCACUACGUGCAUGUUUUCGACACGGCCGAUUUUUUCAUAGGAAUUAAAGGAUGGAAUGAAGCAAUUGUGAAUGAUGCUUUUGAAAAGCUAAAAUCAAUCUUUUGCCCAGUUGUCUACGAUUGCGUUGCUGAAGGCACCCCAAAACUACUGCGAGGAUCUGGACCAGUUUACGUAGCGUACAUCUCCAAUUUGUACCAAAACCGAGUUGUGAUCAGACCAUGCCCAAAAUUGAAUUGUCUCGAAAUUGUUGGGCAGAAGAUGUAUAUGAGCACGGUGAUUGAGCAAUUGAAGAUGUUUCCCAAUGUCGGCAAUUUCAAAAUGGUGACGAUGAUUCCCAUCGCUCCGCCAUACUUCAACACAGAGAUACUGGAAAUCUUCGAGAAUAGAAAAUUUGUUGACUUUAUGGAAUUUUUGGAAUUCAAUAUCGAGAAGAGCACAAUCUCGGGACAUUAUCAGUUCCAAGGGACAUUCCAAGCGUAUGAUGCGCUUUUGAAGGUUCUGAUUGGUCUCAAUAAAGCGAUAUUCAAUAAAAUCUUCGUGAAAAAGCCAGAAGCCGGUGUUGUUUUGGAUGCGAAGAAGCUGGUUGAUAAUUAUCGCUUAUAUAAUUCAUCGCCAAAACAAGCCAAGCAGUAA